AUGCCGACUCAGGCGUUGGCGCAAGAGCAUGGCCUUGGGAUGUCCAAGGUCUAUGUCGCCAGGGUACAUUCCACCGUGGAUGUUGCUGCGACCCAAAGGUGGCCGCAAUUUGUGGAGGAGAAACAGCGUGAGAAUGGCCAGGAGCUCAUUUGCCGACUUCCACUGCGGGUGGAGAAGCACAAGCCGAAUCAGCCCUUGACCGUGGUCGUGGAUUUGAGUAACGGGAAACCCAGCGAAACGCGUUUCAUUUUCCUUGGCUCUGAGCCCCUGGUGAUUUGCAUGUUGCAGACAGGGCGCACUCAUCAGAUUCGGGUGCAUCUUGCUGCCCUGGGUUGCCCAAUCGUUGGAGAUUCUUUGUACGGCAACGGUCCUGGUAAUGAGGACAUGAUGCAUCUUCAUGCAGCUGCUUAUUCCUUUGCGGGUGACAAUGACAAGGUUGCGCAAGACAUACUUCCGCCGCCAUCACCAACAGUAUCUCGCAUCCCAGGCCUUGCUGAAGUGCUUCCUGAGAGAGCCAUGAUUUACCUCUGUGAUCCAGCCUGGCUUCAGCAAUGACGUCGCGACAACUCCUUACUCUGCUAGAAUGCUAGAAGCUAAGUUCAACUUAGAUUGAACUCGAUUCCUCUCUUUGGCUCUGAUGGGCUGAACAUUGAACUUGAUGCUCCACAGAUCGAUGGCCUGGGAAGUGUCCGCCAUUUCCAAUGCACGACAUGGGCAUUUGCUGCAGGGAUCUGCCGUCGUUCCUUGCAGCUGUUUCUCAAACAAGGACACCUUAACGAGGUCUUUGCGGCUCAUGGAGGCGUUGGCAGUGACUUCACAGUGGCAGGUUGCGCAGAACAUCGCAGAACUAUGGAUGCUUCGACCUGGAGAACGAAAUUGCAGUUUCACCUUUGCUCCCUACAUCUCCCUACUUUUUCACACAAUGUUGCUGAACAUAGCUGGACAUUUUACUCCUUGAUUUUCGGUUUGAGGCCAGAAA